CGCGUGACAGUUUUGAGAUAGGAAACUACCAGAAAACAGGAAUAUUUCUACUAAAAAUACAUAAUUUGCCACCCCAACAUCAAGUAACAAAUAUCCGAAAAAACUUUGGUUUGUUCUUCAAACCCAGGGAUAUCAAAUAUGCUAACUGUUGUGCUAUAGUGAAAUUUGUAGGUGCACAGUUGGCAGCUCAGAAGUCCGCAAGAAGAUGUCCAUAAGGUUUUCUGGUACUUUAAAGAGGUCUGCUGGUGUUGCAAGUGCAAUUGCAAAACAGACCCGAUUACUAAAUUUGAAACCAGUGAAGAAUAUUGUUGUCAAAUUCGACCCUUUCAACAAAAAUGUAAAGGAAACGAGAGAAUUCCUGUUCAGUCUGACAGGCUCUAAGGUGUUGACAACAAACAUCAGCUGUAAAAUCAAGACAAAUAUCCUGUGUGAUCGAAGUCAGCCCUCCAUCACUUUUACAUUGAGCAAUAAUGAAGUGAUAGUAUUUAAAAGUGCAAACCUGACAAAUUUGGAGCUUCUGCAACUUUACAACAAGCACAUCACACCACUUGCAUCAACUGAAGAACCAGAGACAAUUGUACCCCAAACCAAAUCUGAGAAAAAAGCCAGAAAGAAGCGUUAAUCAGUUCUAGUGUCCAGAUUAUUGUAGUUUUCUCAGUCACCCAAACGGAGAAUAAACUGUUUAAAAGAAACCAAAAUGCCAAAAAAGG